CUUCACACCAACUUACAUCAAAACCACGUCCAACCAACCACCAAUGUCACCCCCCACCGUCCUAAUCAUCGGCUGCGGCAUCGCCGGCCCCGUCCUCGCCAUCCUCCUCCAACGCAAAGGCUACCACCCCAUCGUCUUCGAGAAAGUCCAAGCCCUCGGCGACGCCGGCGCAUCCCUAAUGCUAAUGCCGAAUGGAAUGAAAAUCCUUAAUCUCAUCACCCCAACCACCACCCUUCUAACAACCCACACCCCCUUAACCACGCUCUGGCACGGCACCGCCUCCGGCCACACCCUGGGCGAAUCCUCCCUCCCCACCACUUACCAAGAGCGCUACACCCAGCCCGCAAUGGGCAUAAAACGCACAACCCUAAACCUGCACCUCAAGAAAACACUCCUCGAAAACAAUAUCCCCCUCUACGAGGGAUACAAUCUCCAGAACGUCCACGAAGACCCAGCCUCCAGAACCAUCACCGCCUCCUUCACCAACGGGAAGAAAGUAACAGGGUCAUUCCUCAUCGGAUGCGACGGGAUUAAAUCCUCCACGCGGAAGAUCCUUCUUUCUCGGAGUGGGGUAGCUGAAGGGCCCCCGGCAUUCACGGGGUUGAUGCAAAUCGCGGGCCUCUCGAAACGGGGUCAUCGGGUUGGGCAACGGGGGGGGAGUGGGAUGUGUAAUUGGUAUGGGGAGGGGGUGCAUGUUGUUUCGUAUCCGGUUUCGGAUUCGGGCGCUGGGGAUGUGUCGUGGGCGGUGACGCUGGCGGGGAACGAGGAGGAGGAGACGUGGAGGGCUGUGGAGGGGGGGGAGGAGUUGGAGCGGAGGAAGGGGUUCUUGAGGGAGAAGUUGGUGGGGUUUGAAGAUGGGGUGAGGGAGAUGGUGGAGGGCGCGGAGAGGAUUAUUUCGUAUGGGGUGUUUGAUCGGAAGGAGACGAGGGCGGAGGAGUGGUUCUCGUCUCGGUGUGUCUUGGUGGGAGAUGCGGCGCAUCCGACGAGUCCGCAUUUGGGACAGGGGGCGAAUCAGGCUUUGGAGGAUUGUUAUCAUCUGAGUCGAUUGCUGCCGGAUUUGACCGAGGGAGUAGAGUGGGCGACGGUGGAAGCGGGCUUGGAGGGGGUUUUCCGGGUGUUUGCGAUGUUGAGACAGCCGCGGACGGCAGCUUUGGUUAAAGAGGCUCGUCGGAUAGGAGAGCAGCGCGUGGUGCAGGGGGGUGCGGAGCUCUGUCGUGAGCGAGAUGCACGCAUUGUUACUGCGUGGAGCGAUCAGGAGGUUGUACUCGAGGGGCUGGAUCGUUUGUACCGGGAGCCUUUUUAG